AGGAGGAACCGGGAGAAACCGGGAGGAACCGGGAGAAACCGGGAAAAACCGGGAGAAACCGGGAGAGGAGCCGGGAGAAACCGGGAGGAACCGGGAGAAACCGGGAGAAACCGGGAGAGGAGCCGGGAAAAACCGGGAAAAACCGGGAGAAUCCCGGGAGGAACCGGGAGGAACCGGGAAAGGAGCCGGGAGAAACCGGGAAAAACCGGGAAAGGAGCUGGGAGAAACCGGGAGAAAUCAGGAGGAACCGGGAGAAACCGGGAAAAACCGGGAGAAACCGGGAGAAAUCGGGAAAAACCGGGAAAGGAGCCGGGAGAAACCGGGAGAAACCGGGAGAAAUCGGGAAUAACCGGGAGAAACCGGGAAAGGAGCCGGGAGGAUCCCGGGAGAACCCGCGGGGCAGGACCCGGGAGAAACCGGGGAGAAACGGGGGAGGAGCCGGGAGAAACCGGGAAAGGAGGCAGGAGAAACCGGGGAGGAUCCGCAGGGCAGGACCGGGAGAAACCGGGGAGAAACCGGGGAGAAACCGGGGAGGAACCGGGGAGGAACCGGGGAGAAACCGGGGAGAAACCGGGAGAAUCCCGGGAGAAACCGGGGAGGAACCGGGGAGGAUCCGGGGAGGAUCCGGGAGGAACCGGGGAGGAUCCGGGGAGGAUCCGGGGAGGAUCCGGGGAGGAACCGGGGAGGAUCCGGGGAGGAUCCGGGGAGGAACCGGGGAGGAUCUGGGGAGGAACCGGGGAGGAUCCCAGGAGAACCCGCGGGGCAGGAGCUGGGAAAAACCGGGAGAAACCGGGAGGAACCGGGAGGAACCGGGAGAAUCCCGGGAGAAACCGAGGAGGAUCCCGGAGGAGCCGGGAGGGUCCAGGAAGGAUCCCGGGACGAUCCCGGGAGGAUCCACGGAGGGUCCCGGGAGGAUCUGUGGAAGGUCCUGGGAGGAUCCCGGACAGCUCAGCCAUGGAGGGUCCUGGAAGGGUCCACGGAGGGUCCCGGGAGGGUCCGGGAAGGAUCCCGGCUGGCUCAGCCGUGGAGGAGCUGGGGACGAUCCCGGGAGGGUCCUGGAAGGGUCCCAGGAGGAUCCCGGGAGGGUCUUGGAAGGGUCCACGGAGGAUCCCGGGAGGGUCCUGGGAGGGUCCACGGAGGGUCCACAGAGGGUCCCAGGAGGAUCCAUGGAGGGUCCUGGAAGGGUCCACGGAGGAUCCCGGGAGGAUCCCGGGCAGCUCAGCCCCAGAGGGUCCUGGGAGGAUCCAUGGAGGGUCCUGGAAGGGUCCCAGGAGGAUCCCGGGAGGGUCCUGGGAGGGUCCAGGGAGGAUCCCGGCUGGCUCAGCUGCAGAGGAGCUGGGGAGGAUCCCGGGAUGAUCCCGGGAAGGUCCUGGAAGGGUCCCAGGAGGAUCCCGGGAAGGUCCUGGGAGGGUCCCGGGAGGAUCUGUGGAAGGUCCCAGGAGGAUCCCGGCCGGCUCAGCCGCAGAGGGUCCAGGGAGGGUCCCAGGAGGGUCCAGGGAGGGUCCCAGGAGGAUCCACCGAGGGUCCCAGAAGGAUCCACCGAGGGUCCCAGGAGGAUCCACUGAGGGUCCCAGGAGGAUCCACCGAGGGUCCCAGGAGGAUCCACCGAGGGUCCCAGAAGGAUCCACCGAGGGUCCCAGGAGGAUCC